UAGUUAUCUCUGUGUAAAAUAUGCAAAUUUGCUGCAAAAGAAUCCCAGACUUGGUUCUUUCCUGCUAUUGGUCAAAUUGUUCUUUUGAGUAAAAUCAUUUGCUAACAGUUGGAAAAAGGAGAGAACUAUGAAAGAAGAAGGUAAUGUGAUGGUGAUUGCUCAGAGAAUGAUACCUGGUGCUUCUCCUUCUCCUUCAUUAACUCCACACUCAACAGCUACACAACCACCUUUGCCAACACCAUCACCAUAUUCGUUCUCAGUGGCAUCGACAAGGUUGAGAUCAAGGCCUUCUAUAUAUGCAUAUGAUCUUGCCUUAAGAUCACUGGCACUCUUGUUCUCCUUCAUCUCUGCUCUUUCACUAGCUGUACCAUCACCAACAAGGACAAAACAAGGAACGAUUUCCAAAUUCUAUGAUAACUCACAAUUGACGUACUGCUUCACAGUAAGUAUACUAGUUUUUAUCUACUCAGCCUUUCAACUCUUCAAGAGAGUUUGUGACAUCGCUUAUAGAGGUGUCUUGAUCUCCGAUAUGACCUCUGACUAUCUCAGUUUCAUACUCGAUCAGUUGACAGGUUACCUUCUCGUGUCCUCUUCUUCAGUAACUAUACCAGUCAUUCAACAGAUGGAUAGCCAAACCCCUCUCUGGAAGGCAGCUAUUCUUGCUGUUUGCAUGUCAUUUACUGCUUUCAUGGUCCUUGCGGUGUCUGCACUCUUAUCAGGCUACAAGCUGUGCAAAAGGAUCAUAUGGUGAUGAACUGUGAAUCGAACGUGCAGCCUUCAACUCCAGGAUUGACAAAGCAACCGUAGUGUAAAAUGGGACAUGAUUUAUUCUCUCCUUUUUGUUUCCGUCAAGAAGUUUUGAUCUGCUUGAAGCAUCACAAGUAGCAAUUGGGUGGCAUAUACCAAAUAUCCUCUACUACACUAAUGGUCUGGUAGAAGUUGAUAACAACAAGAAGAGGGUUUCAGAAGUUUAUAGCAAAGAAGAGAAAAAAAUUUGGUAGAAAAUAUGCAUAUGCACUAUUAAUUGUAGUGCCACCGUCAUGGUGAAUGAACAGUAUAAGUAGUAUCAAACUAGUUUGUACUUCCUUGCUUCAAAGUAACAAAAACUUACAAUUCUCUUUCUACAGAAAAUGUUAUACUGCUUCCACUUAUGCCAUGAAGAUAAUAAUUGAACAGGAGUAUUCCCUUCUCUGCGUCGUGAAUAAAAUUAUAAAUACUAUAAGACGCUAGCGAUUCCAUAUAACCAAAAUACUCAACCUUCCUUGAUGAACAAAGAAGUAGGUUCAGUUAAAAACCUACAGUUGUCUCCUAUUCAGCAUUAGAACAUCAAUUCACAUAGUACUUUACAACUAAAGACAAAUCUUGAAUAACAUUUGUCUCAGAUGGCUUACAUAUAUGAUUCCAAAUAAGUAGAAGCUGAAGCAACUCGUUCACCAUACCAUCAG